AGGAACAUUUCACUGGGCGACACAGGUUACUGCCCAGAAAUAGAUUUUUUCUUUGUCAAAAUCCCUUAUUGAUACAUACUAGACUAAGUAGUACGAUCUAGGCAAGAAGGUAAUGUAGCUAUCUCUUACAGAACCCUCAAGCCGUCAAGGAUGCGGCGUUGUCAACCCUCAAGGUCUGGGGCGAAGGAUUUGGCAGGAACGUCAAGUCCAAGCAGCCCUACAUGCUGUCAGAGGAGCUGGCCUCGCUCAUCUAUCCCAACGCGAAGAGGUCGGCAGCGGUAGCGGCUGACUUGGCGGGCCCCAUCAUCGCCAGGAUCCGGGAGGAGACCCAGGCCCUGCCGGAAGACUCGAAGGGCUUCGGCGAAGAGGUGUUGGGAGACGUAGCGGUCAUGAACCUGGACCGCGAGCCCAUGGUUGUUGACAACCAGGGCAAAGAUGAAGAGGUCAUUCGUCCUGACAGUGUUGACGUCGUUUUCGAAGUCUGUGGCAACAAGGACGGCUUGCCUCAAGGUGUUAGAGCACUGCGGGUAGGCGGGACUUACGUCUUCAUCGGCCUUGUGCACAGAGAUUCCAGGAUGAACAUUUUGGCGCAGACCGUCAUCACGAAAUGCCUCACGUUAAUUGGUGUGCAUAACUACACGGGUAAGCACUUGGAAGAGGCCGUGAAGUUCCUCAGUCAGCAUCACGACAGGUAUCCAUUUUCCUCGCUGAUGAGACCAGUCUACCCGCUGACACAGUUCAGGAACGCCGUGGAAGCAGCAAAGUCUGGGCGCUUCUUCCGAGUGGGAAUAAAUCCGCAGUAGUCAUAAAUCUGAGUGGAAGUAAAUAGUCUUGAAUUAUUGUUAUUAUAUCAUUACUAAAUCAGAGUAUUAUAUAUAAAUAUCACAUAUAAUAAAACUUUAAUACAU